AAGCCCGCUCGCUUGACAUUCCCCACACUGAUCUCUCUCCCUCUCUCUUCGGUUUUAGAAGCUCACAGAGAUGGCGAUCAGCAACGAAAAAGAAGAAGUUAUUAGUUGCAGCAAGGUGGGUGUUAUUGUUGAAGCUAAAGAGGCGCAGAUUAGUACUGGUCCUUCCGAGGGAGAAGCCGCCGAUAAGAUUAUCUCUGAUACUGUUCUUUCUUUGCCUUCUCAUGCUAUCCUCGACUUGUUAUCUAUUGGGGUUUGUACUAGAUGUAUCUUUCGAUUGUUUGGAGUUCGUGGACAAAUUUAUUGGUCUUCAUUGUUAUCACCAACAAUCUUUGCUCCACUCAUUCAGAAAUCUAAUGGUUCUGAUGAUGAACAUUCUAAGGGACUGGAAUCUGAAUUUUGUAGUAUUUGUUUAGGGAUUUUGCAAUUUGGUUUUAGUAAGGAGAAGCAAAAUUUGGUGAAAAGUGAGCUUAUUAAUAAUGUUAGUGAAGAGAUUGCGAAAUUUAUCAAGCAAGAGGGACAUGAGAUUGAUAGCUUUUCACUUGAAGUAUCUAUUCCACCGAUUAUCUUGGCAAAUGAGCGUUCCGUUUGGUUGUAUUUGAAAAAGAAGUAUGGAUCUGAACGUUGGUUUGAAGAAAAGUUUCAUGCUGAGCAUGUUACUGUGAAAGAUGCCUUCAAAUUGGCAAUAACAAGUUCGCUUGAAACCCUGUUGACUGCUAAAUCUGAGAUCAGCUCCUCUUCCCGUAUUCGUCUAAAUCACACACACAGUAAAGCAUCCCUGAAUCUUGAGAGUUUCGUAGAGAGGGAUCAAAACUGCAAGAGAAGGAAAACAGAGGAGAGUGUAGAAAAUGCUGAUGGGGCAAAUGUGAAACGUGGCGCUGAGUGUUCUGAACAAUCAAAUGGCAAAACAGAUGCUGCAAUUCAGAGAUCUCUUAGUCGUUUGCAAGAUCAUGCAUUCUGUGAGCGAUUUAAGUCCCCACCCGAGAAGGUGAACGAACCAUGCAAAUUGGAGAUUAUUUGCAAUAGAGCACCUAUUUAUAUUGGUGGACGGUACUUAAAGUACUCGAGAAAUGUGAGUCAGUCACGUUGGCUAAUUGAUGAUGAAAGAAAGGGAGAAGCAUCUGUUGAGGAGAUUAUUGGGAGCAACAUUCUUCCUGUAUGUCGAGGCGACAACUACAAGUUUCAUGCAGCUGGUAGAGAAGAUAUUGAUGUUCGUAUGCUAGGUUCUGGUCGGCCUUUCCUUGUUGAAAUACAAAAUGCACGUCAUGUCCCCUCAGAAGUGUCUAUUGGAGAAAUGGAAGAAAAGAUAAACAACCUAAGAGAAAAAUUGGUUAGAGUGAGAAAUCUUCAGGUUUUGGGGAGCGAAGGGUGGACCUUGAUGCGUGAAGGAGAGACAGAGAAACAGAAGCAAUAUGCAGCACUAGUGUGGAUUUCUCGUCCGCUGGAAGAUGAGGACCUUCAGACGAUAGCUUCACUUAUGGACAUGAGUAUUCUGCAGAAAACCCCAGUCAGGGUGCUUCAUCGUCGAAGUCCAUUGGAUCGUGAAAAGAUUAUCCACUGGAUGAAGAUUGAGCGAAUGGUCGGAAGUCAGCAGUAUUUUCUAUUGCAUCUAUGUACUGAGGCAGGAACAUAUAUCAAAGAAUUCGUGCAUGGUGAUCUGGGGCGUACUUAUCCAAAUCUUGGUUCAAUAUUGAAAUGCAGAGCUGAGAUACUGCAGCUUGAUGUUACAGAUGUGAAGAUGGACUGUUUUAACUGAAGGUGGCCAUCCCUCGUUAGCUUUAGCUUACUUUCAAUUCUAAGAGAUGCCAUGGUAGAUUUGGUAUUUAAUUUUUGUUAGAAUUAAUACAAGCUUAUCCAAAUCAUUUGUCAGCUUAAAUGUAUCACUUGCUUCAUUGACAAUAAUAUCUAUACGUGCUCAACUUUGCGAAGAUUUUUGUAAAGUCUUUCA